AUGGCUACCUCGAAUGAGCACAGACGAGUAACAAAGAGAUCGUCGAACGCCUGCUCCAGAUGUCGAAGGCAGAAGAUCAAGUGCUCCGGCCAGCAGCCUUGUGCGAACUGCGGCAAGCGAAAUUUGACCUGUAUUUUCGAUGAUCGAGACAACAAGGUUUUGGUAACCCAAGGCUACCUCUCCGACCUCCAGGCCAAGGUAGCACAACUUCAGAACGCAAGCAAUGCAUCCUCUGCUAUCAAUCCGUUGCUAGAAGAGGAUCGAGAUGCCCGGGCACGGGCAGAGAGGAGUCUUUCUCCUGGUGAGACACCAAGGCGGUCAGCUCAGCCCAGCGGCGGAGGCACUCGAGAGAGCACACCAGGGACAGAUGGCCCACGCGAGACUGCAAAUCUGACAAACCCUCUUACUGAGACACCUUCUAGAUACAUGGCAGCUUCUAACGGACAGACUUUCUACAUGGGUACCUCGUCCAACUGGUCUUUUCACGGACAAGUCCUGAGCCUGGUGCACGAACACAUGCACAAGUCGCCUCUUCCAGCUGCAGACCUACUGUUCGACGGAUCCGCGUACAAUCUCCUCUGGGACGGUACUCGCAGCUUACCCGAAUCUGCUUCCCCCGUAAUCCCAAGCAUAGACCACGCUAUCUUCCUGAUCAACGCAGUCAAAUUCCACUGCGCGCAGAUGAUGCAUCUCUUCGAAGAAGACGAGUUCAUGUCCAACCUACAUGCUUUCUACACAAGCAUAGGUGACAAAGCUAUCUGGAAUGAGAGCCUCUGGUACAUCCACUUCCUGCUCAUUAUAGCUUUUGGUAAGACGUUCGUUCAGCAGAAGAACCGUUCACCAAGACCGCCUGGUGCGGACUUGUUCACAUACGCCUUGCAGCUUCUUCCAGAUACGAACAAGCUCUGCCGGGACCCCAUCGUAGCGACGGAGGUGCUGUGCUGCAUUGCGCUGUACCUGCAAGCGCUUGACUCCCGCAAUGCUGCACACGUCACGAUCGGCCAAGCUAUGCGGAUUGCUCUUAUACAAGGAAUGCACACAGACAUGCCAGUGAUGAAUCUGGGCGACGUUGUUGUCCAGCGCUGUCGCAAGAUCUGGUGGACCAUCUUCAUUCUAGACCGUCACAUGACCUCUUUGAUGGGGCUGCCGCAAUCGAUCCGUGACGAAGACGUAUCCUGUCAACUACCUAACUACCAAAACUCACCUCAGCGAGCAGCUGCACUGAAUAUGCAGAUCAAGCUUGCCAAAAUUCAUACUGAUAUUGCCAAUACUGUGUAUGGCUCCAAAGGCAGGCUUCGCAAAAAAUUCGUACUAAGCAUCAAGACGGUGCUUGACAACCUAGCUGGACUAGCAGAAGAGCUCCGCACUUCAUUUCCCUUGCAUGCUGACGAACGUUUUGGCGGCAUUUCUAGACUACCGGCGCAUUCUCAUUUAUACUAUUACCAGACCAUCGUUGUUGUCACUAGACCGUUGUUGUUCUGCUGCAUGAAGAAGGUCUUCGAAUCACCACAGCAGGUAGUGCCUUUGAUCUCUUCACCCAAAAUUCGAAAGGUACUGCACGUGGCCCUAGAAGCAUCACAGAAAAUUCUGGUGAUACUCGAAAGCCUUCAGGAUCAGGGUCUACUGGAAACAUUUCUUCCGUGGGACCUGGACGCCCUUUUCGUAUCGACCAUGGUCCUCAUCGUAACUCGUUUCGUUGACCCGAGCCUGCUCGACGACCGAACCCUUUGGCUGGACACAGCGUUUUCGCUGAUGGAAACCAUGAUAGCUGGCGGCAACCGCAUCGCGGAUUACCGGAUGCACGAGCUGCGCAGGCUUGAGGAGAUGCUAGUAGAAUAUGCAGCAAUGCAGGAGCGACCACCAACGAUGGAGGCGUUCAACCAGCAGCAGCUCGCUCAACUCAACACAAACAUGAACCAGACCGGUUCAGGAAUACGUGAUGAAUCCUCUAGCGCAAAACAAAUGUUUGCCUCACCAGAUGGGGGUCCCCUGUACUCAGGGUUCAGCGACGAGGGCAGUGGCUUUGGUGACGAUCUCACGGCCGAGCAGAUUCUGGCUGUUGCCGAGUCUAUGGAUAUUGAAGGGACUGAUUGGCUUUCUUUUGGCGUUCUCGACAACUACCAACCUUUGGAGAUGGUGGACCCACAGAUGCAGUAA